AAUGUCAUCCCUAUUUUGAGCUUUCCUUUGUUGUCAUUUCCAUUUUAUUUAUUUGUAUAAUUUUGAAAAAAUGAGUGAUCUUAAGAGGCGACCACUGCACGGCGACACGCCCAGGACUCCCCCUGCCUCCCAGGCGAAGGACGAAGUGGACAAAAACAGGUCGUACAUGAAGGAGUCGGCAGCCAGCUACGAAGAAGGCACAUCUUCAGCCGGCGAGCAAGAAGAAGACGACGAGAUCCAGGAAGAUUCUGAGUCUCAUGAUGCCGGCGAUGUGUCCCGAAGACGCAGUAUUCCAACUCCCAGUUCCAUUUUAAACGAGAAGCACCACCCCAGCAACGAAGCCCAAGGAAGCAAUGGACUCUAUAUUUGGUUAGCCUUAGCCGGUGUGUUAGUGGGUUUAUUUUUGGUCUACGGAUCGAAUGUAUUUGCGGCGGAAAAGCAAUGUGCCUUUGAAGCUCUUCGUGGAAAUAAGCCCCAACAGCCAGAGAAGGUCUGGAAAGCCCUACAAAUGGGGAUCGAGGGACUCAUUAACAAGAGGGACAAGCACCCCAGUGUGUUUUUGUUCCUGCAUCAGGACCCCAAGCUCCAAACACUGAUCGAUGCGAUUGCUGCCGAGGCUUCUGUGUGUUUUGGUGGUCCUAGCCAACUGAUUCACAUGAACAAGGAGGAUUUCGGCUCGAAUAUGAAUGACUAUGGCCUGGCAAUUGAGCGGUUUAAGGCAAAGGUCAAUGACGGAAAGGUUUUCCUAAUAGCAAAUCUUAACGAAAUCGCACCGAAUGGAGCUCGGGCUUUGCACACAAUCUGUGAUACCUACAGCCCAAUCGUGGAGGAUACCGUCAUCUUUCUAACGCUCCGAACAUUCAACACUUCUGCCGUUCCGAACUCGGUAAAACUGGCCACCGACACUCUGUACGAUCUGUGGGGCGAGGAGUUGCGGGACAAUGAGCUCGAUCCCCUGAUUACUCGCGUUACUGAUCAGGUGCUCCACUUGAGGGGCAGUAGUUAGGUUAAAACACAUAGCAGUACUGAAGAUGCCCAAAUACUUGGCGGUCAGCAAGCUUAAAGCUCUAAUUUCAAGGAUUAGCUAGGCGGCCAUCGAUUUAAUAUUCAUUUUCCAGAAAUAUUUUCUGUUCUGCAAUUGGUUUUAGCUCAAGAAAAUAAAAAUCUCUUAAAGUA